UUCCAUCGCUCCGUAGCCUUCAUUCCAAAUAUAUUCCAUACGCAUUGAGAAAAUCCUAUCUUCAUUAAUGGCGGCCCAAGAGGAAUCAAAGUGGGAAGGAAAAGCCACGGCGGAGCUAAAAGGCGCAAAAGCGCAGAAAGUAUGGGAAACCCUGGUGGAAGACUUCUGCGCCGCCCACAAAUGGCUCCCCGGCAUCGACACCUGCCAUCUGGUUGAAGGGGCGAAGGGGGAGGUUGGGGCGGUGCGGUACGUGGGGUCCACCGUGCCGGCGUCGGAAGAGGGCGGCGAGGCGAAGGUGAACUGGUGCCGGGAGAGGCUGGUGAAGGUGGACCACGGCGGCCGGAGCCUGAGCUACCAGAUUCUGGACAGCAACGUUGGGAUGAAGGAGUAUGUGGCGACGCUGACGGUGUUGGCACCGGCGGCGGCGGCGGCGGCGUCAUCGGACGGCGGUGAUGAGUUAGGGUGUCAGAUCGAAUGGUCCUACGUGUCUGACCCGAUUGUUGGGAUGACCCGGGAAGGCUUCUCUGGUUAUGUUAGUUUUAGCCUUCAAGCCAUGGCUGAGAAAAUGGACAAAGAGUUGCAGUCUGCAGCUUAGAAAAAGGUUGGUGGUAAGAUGGUAAUUUUACUCUCAAUAAGUCAUCAAACACCCUUACGGAGUUGAUCAUUUGGUUAUGUAUUUUUAAUCACUUGAAUUGUAUUCACCUUAAUAAUUAAAUAAAAAAAAAAAAUACUACUGUCCAUGUUCUCUUGAAAA